GCCCAAGAACCUUACUAUCCUGCAUCUAUGAAAUGUCCGCGGUUUAUUCUUAGUGCCAGCUCUGUUCUACUUAUGGUACGUGCUCUGUUAAAAAUGCACACUCACAAUUUCCAUCUACAAAACCCACAUUCUCGUACCCAGAGCCCUUCUUACGCGCGGUGCGACGAGGGGCUCUGGCCAAAUCCAUAACCGGAUGCCAUAAAAACAUGGUAAGAAAACAAUGUCCGUUGUUAGAACUAGCCAAUCAGAUGCCAGUUCGGAAUAUGGAUUUCGCCAGAGCCCCUCGUCGCACCGCGCUUACGAAGGGCUCUGGGUACGAGAAUGCAAAACCCAGUGCUGUCGCUUGUUUGGAGGGACCAAUCUCGUUCCCAGAGCCUGCGAUCCUCAGGAAGGAACGUGAGGCUCUGGGAUAAUCCGUUGCCGGAAGCCAGGAAUCCUGGCUAAGACCGAACUGCGCAUUCCAUAUCAACGGCCAAUCGGAUUCCUCCCUGAAACGGAUCAUCCCAGAGCCUCACGUUCCUUCCCGAGGAUCGCAGGCUCGGGACAAAAAAUAAACAGUAUGCCGAAUAUGGCAUCUAGGAAGUUUUCCUAUAUUCCUAAAGUUAUUUGUACAGCCUGAAACGCAACAAUUCUAAUAAGGCAUAUAAUUAUUUUAAUAUAUAUUUAGCUCGCUCACUGUAACUUGUUGUCCCUCCAAACGUCCCUCCAAACAUCAACUAGACCCAGUCUUCUGCUCGAUUGGGAAAUGGCUAAUUGUCAAUUUCUGCUCAUUUUCUUGUAUUAAUAUGAUACAGUAGCUGUCCUCGUUGCACUUUUGUCCGGCCAGUUGACGUUCUUAAUAACAGUAGUUCUUUAUAAUUAUAAAAGUGUAAAAUUCCAGGGCUGCAAAUAAAUAUUUGACUUGACAGUACAUUUGUCCGAUCACUUUUAAUUUUGGUCGGACAUAACUUGAAUUUGGUCGGACAAAACCCAACACCGCUAAAUUUGGUCGGACAAAUAUACGUCACAAGCUAUAUUAAUAUUAUAAGUCACGGGACAAGUAUGUAUAUCCAUUCUGGCGCAACGAUGCAAAUUGAGUGAAUUUGCAUCGGAUUUUGUCACAGCAAAAAAUGUAUAAUGUGACAAUUUUUUUGUGAUCGGACCAAUGUCCGAUCAAAACUACUUUUGCUCGGACAUUUGCCAAAUUUAGUCGGACAUUGUCCGAUGUCCGACAGUAAUUUGCAGCCCUGAAUUUAAGGCCGUUUCUUGUCACGACCCCGUACUAGAUUAAGCUUUGCUUAAGUUCGCUAUUCUCGUUUGACCAACACCGCGGAAAAACGUCUGCGCAUGCACCAAAUUAUGAAAAUAUGGCGGGGAAUUUGAAUAUCAAUUUCUAAAACAAAAACAUGCUUAUUAAUUGGUCAAAAAUUAGUAAAACAAACGAGAAAAUAUAGCAAAUGGAUAGACUAGACAUUAAUUGAAAGCGUCCUGGCAUUUAAAGUAUAGAAUGAAAUAUAAUUCAUGUAAAAAACUGUUGAUUUUAACGGACACGACUUCGAAAAUUUUUGCAAAAUUAUUCAAAACAAAAAUUCAAACUCAAAAGUUAAGAAAACUCUCGAAAAGUUAAGCUUCUUAACCCACUCAAAUUGUAGAAUAAAUCCUAAAGUUUAAUUAUUGUGAACACGAAAUUUUUUUUAUAUUUGGCGACACAGUUUUUUUUAAAGAAAUGUAUCUCAAACGAAAAUUCGGAAAUUGUCGUUGCUUAGUUGAUAAACAAAAUGUUUCAGACGAUAAAUUUGUCAACAAUCACCUUUAGUUCAUGUUCUUGUACAAUACAAUUUCUUGAACCUUCUGGCUGUAUUUAUUCCUAGUUUUUAGAAUGACAUGUUUAUUUUUGCACUCGAAAUCUGGCUGUAAAGACGCAGAAUGAAGUCACUCCUUUUUACCGCCAUUUUGAGCCUUUGGAAACGUUCGGAACAGCUUUUCAUCAAGUUCGCAAUACUAUUACAGGUAAGGUUGACGCAUGCGCAGACGUUUUUCCGCGGUGUUCGUUUGACCAGGAGUUUAAUCCUUACAACCGACCCUAGAUUGUUGAGCCAGUCAAAACCAGCAUUUCUGCGUAUCUUUUUUCCAGAUUUGUCUUGUGGUAGCAUCGGUGUUUGGUGUGAUCGUGUACAGGCUUGCAGUAUUUGCCUCACUCACGGCAGCUUAUGACGGGAACAUCACUAGCAUCAGUUUCACUGUAACCGCUACGGCAGCUGUGAUUAACUUGAUUAUUAUUCUGUUGCUCAGUUAU